AGUGUGGUUGAUGCCAGUGCACAACGACUUGUUAGCUUGGCACAGCAGUGGGAGAAACACAGGGCACCUUUGAUAGAGCAGUACAGAGAACUGAAGCAGCUUAAUGCUAACAGAGUGGUAAGUCUGUGAGAAACACAAGUCACCUUUGAAAAAGCCGUACAGAGAACCGAAGUGGCUUAGUGCUAAUAGAAUUGUGCAAUGUAGGUCUGUGGAAUCUGUGGUCGGCCCACCAUGUGUGGUAAGAUCGUUCUUAAUCCGAGUGUAUUUUUUUUCUCUUUGUGUUUCUUGUACUUAGUCGGAAGCUCAAAAGCAGCUGGAGGAGAUAAAGUCUCUUCGAGAGAAAAUGAAAGAAGUUGCAGAGGAGGCACGAGGGAAGGAAGACAUUUACAAACAACUGGUAAUGUUUGCGUACUUUAUCCAAUAUAUCUGCUCAAGUUAUAGUUAUGAAUGCUCGUAACUUCAAAGUUAUACAUGAAGGCUGCAUUGGUCACAGAGUUUUAAGACGGCACCUGCCUAUCUGCCUAACACGGUGAAUAGUUAGACUUGCUACAAGUCGACCUGUGAUAAGUUCUCAAAAUAUUUCGGAACUGAGAAGCCGUGUUUGUUUUAUUUUUGCGUGGAAGUCGCGCGGAUUUUAAAGCUUGCACCAUACUAGUGCUGAGGCUGCGCACGGCCAAUUUACUUUAGUGUAAACAUAUCGCGUCUCUCAUCAUGUGAUUGGGAUGCCUGUGGUUUGGAUUCCAUUUAAGGAUGACAGGUGUUCAAAGUCGAGCUCUGUGGAAAGUGUGGCAUGUUCAAGAACUUUGUAUAAGGUUCCUCGGUACGCUCUCUCCUACGUACAUCAUCCACUUUGUAUUUCAGCUGCUGGAACUUUGGUAACUACCCAGUUUUAGAUCUUUCUGCUCGAAUUUUUCAGGUUGUUGAGUAUGAGACUAUGAGAAAGGAUGUGAAUAGAUCAGCGUACACUCGCCGAAUACUGGAAAUUGUAGGAAAUAUCAAGAAACAAAAAGAAGAGAUAAAUAAGGUAGUGCUUUUAAUCUUUACCGGCUUGUAGUGAUAAUUCUAUUGUAUGGAAAUGAUUUUGACUUCAAAUUUUAUUUAUGCUAUAUUAUAAUCCUCUGGUAAUCUUAGUUUAUCAGUGACAAUAAAUAGCGAAACUAACUCGUAAAGUAAUUUAACUCCAAAUCAGCUUCAGUCUCUUCAGUCAGCGAGUUGUGAGCCGAUUCCUGCUAGCCUGUCUUUUAGCCUGUCUUUGUUAGCUAGGGUUUUAAACUGUUUAAGGUUUGCUUAUCAUAUUGCGUCUCGUCUAAGUGAAAUCCCUGAGGGUCAGUUUAGUCGGUAUAGGGCUGGCUUGUGGAGCAAGAUGUCGUGAGUUCGAUUCCCGAAAACGGAGCGAUACUCAUGUCCCAGGUUCUUAACUGGGAAAGAACGUACUACCUUUGUCUUGCAGCUGCCUCGACCUUCACCUAGCUGGGUUGACCACGUAAAUAUGGUGCGCGGUCCCAUCUAGUUUCGACUUAGUGCUAAAUACAUUGAGUACACUGAAGGAAACAAAUGUGAGUGUUUUGUUCUGAAGUUGCUCGUUAAUUUACGCAUGUGUUUGACAGUAGCUUGUGAUUAACAUGGCAGAUUUUGAUCGACACCAAAGAUGUGCAAAAAGAAAUCAACCAACUUUCAGGAAAACUGGACAGAACAUUUGCUGUAACAGAUGAACUCAUCUUCACGGUUUGUUUUUAAAGUGUUUGCUUAACGUUUCAGACAAGAGCUAAUGACAAUGUGGAUUUUGAUUUCUAUAAGUCACGCAGGUAAAUCCAUCAUUUUUUAAAAUAACAAGCCCUUCAGGAAAUUCAGAGUUUUGUAGUACCGUAAAAUAAUUUCGUGCAAAUAUUGAAGCCAUAGUACCCGUAAUACGUAGAAUGCGCACCAUUUGCCAUGCUGGUGCUAGCCUGCGUGGCAGGCGUUAAAAGGGGAAGGAGAAGGGGGAAUUUGGGCGUGCGACAGCGCGUGGGGCGCUCCUCCCUCGCGCGUGGUCUCGCGCCCUAAUUCCCUUCCCCUUCCCUUUCGAACGCCUGCCAUGCAGGCCAGGCUGGUGCACAUUCUUCGUACGGGACCAUAAAUCCCGCAUCAGGACUUAGACAGUUGUACUUAAAGCACAUUCUUUACCUUUUCCCCAGAACAAAGUGCCUAUUUACUAGCAAUAGAUUAACUAAGUAUGAUAAGCUCGCAGUCAAUUCGUUUCCAAUAUUUUCUUGCUCAGGAUGCAAAGAAGGACGAGUCCUGCCGCAAAGCGUAUAAAUAUCUAGCCAGUCUUCACGAGGUAUGUUCAUUUAGUUCUAGCCGACCUACUAUAUGCCAGCAGUGUUUAUUUAGACAGUCAGUCCACCAUUUAGGCGAGCUCUUCUCGCUGUACCAUUACCUUACCACGAACGACUUUUAGUCUUGUUCUAACGCCGGGCAGUUUCCACUUUCCAAGUCAAAAUGGAAAAAAAUAAACACCUUAGUUAUUAUCAAACUAGAAUGUAAAUAGGACGACCGUUUUCCACGGUUACUGGUCGUUUCCGUACCAGUUCAUUCCGUCGACUUGCAAGUUUUUUCACGUACUUGGAUUAAGGAACGAAGAAUAUUCACCCAAAAUGUUUUCUUGUUCACAUGCAAGCUAUACUUGAAGUGAUCGAAAUUUUUGUACAAUUUGACUGCUUGAAUUUGUAUCGAAACGACCGGUUACCGUUUUCCACCCAUAAAUUUCCAAAUGUGCUGUCUAAUUUUCAACCACGACAAUGCCUUUAAAUCAACACCUAAAAACUUACGUGAUCGUUAAUUUCCAGAAUUGCAAGGAACUGAUUAAUUCAGUGGAAGAAACUGGACUCAUCUUGAGAGAAAUACGAGAUUUAGAGGAUCAGGUAUUGUAUGAGACAUAUUGAUAGAGUGGUUUUCGUUUGAGUGUCGUAAAACCAAAACCACAGUAAUUACUCUGGCCAAUCACAUAGGACACAGACAAGACAUUGAACCAAUCACAACUCGAAGUAAUUACAUGUGGCUGACGCAAAGCGCGGGAAAAUGCAUGCGAGCGCGUCACAAUUGGCUUUGGUUUCACUUCUGAUUGGAUGAAAAGGUGGCGCGAAUCUUUUAAGCCAAUCGCAUCGUGUAGAAAGUGCAAAACCAAUUACUUUUCGACAAUCAAAUGAAAACCGCUCUAUCAGUCCAUAGUAAAACAACACAGUGGAGAAACCUUAUAACGGGACCCUAGUAAAGCAUACAUAUUCUCACAGUCACGUGGACUAAACUCGGCCUUUUUGAGUGACGCUGGUCAAGCGGAAGUGAGGCGUUUUCCCUUUUGAUAGGCUGAUUUAGCAACAGAACGGGAACGUCAGUUGACGACGGCGCGCGCAGAUCAAACAAGUGGCUUGAGCAAUGGCAGAGCGGCAAAUUGGGCACCGGAAGUCGUGUUUAGUCCUUUCCACGCGCUUUCCCGUCGUCAACUGACGUUCCUGUCCUGUUGCUAA